AGUAAAUAAAACAUCAGAUAACAGUUCUUUAUUCUUGAGAAGAUGAGCCUAGUGGAGAGUACAGUGUUGUGUUUCUGGGCGGUGUCAGUAUGUGGUCCUCCUCUUGUAAAACUAUUGUCGUAUUUCACUGGUGGAAAGUUCGACAGCCUGCUUACAUGGGGUAAAACAUUGGAAACAAAAGAGCCUAGCCGACUCCUUGUCCCUCACCGGUUCUUCACACACUUCUACACAACUGGUUACCUGUUUAACACUAUCUUCUUGUUAGACUUGAUCUUCCAGACUUCCUUUAUCAGUUUCACCAUAUCAUCUGCAGAGGAUUUGCUACAAACUAUUUUAACCCCUCUUGGUAUAGGACAGUUUGAAAAGUUCAAGUUCUCAGCUACCCAGCCCUGGUUACCCACCCUUCUCCUUCACGCUCAACUAACUCGCCGGUUACUUGAAAGUCUGUUGAUUGUAAAACAUGAUAAGAGUAAGAUGCACGCUGCUCAUCUCCUCUUUGCACUGUGUUAUUACCCUCUACUCUCACUCUCUAUCAACGUCUCAUCAGUCUUAGUUUCUACUCCUGUUGCUGUUCUCUCGGUCGUGGUAUUCUGCUGGGCUUCACUUCAUCAGUACAGGUGUCACGUGAUACUAGCAGAGUUGCGCGCAAGUGGGCGUAACGUGUAUGGAAUACCUUAUGGGGAUUGGUUUGUGUUUGUGUUCCCACAUUAUCUGGCAGAGAUUCUUAUCUAUAUCUCAAUAUUUGUUAGUUCUGGGGGUGGUUACUUGCUUGGUGCAAAUUGUUUGUAUCAGAUUCUUAACUUUAGUUUGAUUUGUACUCCGCCUACUCACAAUUGGUUUAAGAAGUUUGAGGACUAUCCUAAAAAUCGUAAAAUAUUGGUUCCUUUUGUUUAUUAGUCUUUGAUAAGUACUUAUAAAUUAUGAAUGUUUAUUAAAAGAAAGCUUCCGACGACUUUCCAGUCAGAAUUAUAUUCCCCCUUCGGAAUCGAGGGUAGUGUGAU